UUUAAUUUUCGGCGUUUGACGUUUAGGCAGGCUACUAGAUUAUUGCCCAUUUAUUACGUAAAUCAGCGAACUAGAAUUUUACAUCAUAGUCUGCAAGGAAUACAAGCAAAAUGCUGAAAGUAGCGACUGUGUUGAGGUUGCUCCCUAAACAGCCUAACCAGGUACGUCAGCUUGCGACGGCCGUCGGCUACAAAGAGGCACUAGUAAACGUGCCCCCGACAAGGCUCACAGUACUUGAUAAUGGACUUCGUGUCGCUUCGGAAGAUUCUGGCGCCGCCACAGCUACCGUUGGUUUGUGGAUUGAUGCUGGUUCCAGAUACGAAAACUCUAAGAACAAUGGUGUUGCCCAUUUCCUUGAACACAUGGCUUUCAAAGGCACCAGUAAAAGGUCGCAAACAGACCUCGAACUACUCGUAGAAAACAUGGGAGCUCACUUGAACGCGUACACGUCGCGGGAACAGACCGUGUUCUACGCUAAAUGCCUCGCUAACGACGUCCCCGUCGCCGUAGAAAUCCUUGCAGACAUCAUCCAAAACUCUUCGCUCGCCGAACCCGAAAUCGAACGAGAAAGAGGUGUUAUCCUCCGCGAGAUGCAAGACGUCGAGAGUAACCUCCAAGAAGUUGUUUUCGAUCAUCUUCAUGCUACAGCUUUCCAAGGAACUCCUUUGGGUCAGACUAUCCUGGGACCCACCAAGAACAUCAAGAAAAUCUCCAAAGCUGAUCUGCAGCAGUACAUUAAGAAUCACUACCUGCCUCCCCGCAUCGUCCUCUCUGGGGCUGGUGGUGUUGACCAUGAGAAACUUGUAGAGCUGGCCAAGAAGAGCUUCAGUGGAUUGAAGAAUGCUCCUAUUGAAAUUCCUGAGUUAGCUCCUUGCCGUUACACUGGCUCCGAAAUCAGGGUACGAGAUGACUCAAUGCCUUUGGCGCAUGUAGCCAUUGCAGUUGAAGGUGUUGGCUGGACAGAUGCAGACAACAUUCCCCUAAUGGUCGCCAAUACUCUUAUUGGAGCUUGGGACCGCUCUCAGGGUGGUGGUGCCAACAAUGCCUCCUACCUGGCCCGUGCCUCAUCCAUUGAAGGUCUUUGCCACAGCUUCCAGUCUUUCAACACCUGCUACAAAGACACUGGCUUGUGGGGCAUCUACUUCGUGGCUGAGCCCUUGCAGUUGGAAGACAUGCUCUACAAUAUCCAGAAGGAAUGGAUGAAGCUCUGCACAUCUGUCACUGAGGCUGAGGUUGAGAGAGCAAAGAACCUGCUGAAGACCAACAUGCUCCUCCAGCUUGACGGCACCACCCCAGUUUGUGAAGACAUCGGCCGUCAGAUGCUGUGCUACAACCGCCGCAUUCCUCUUCAUGAGCUUGAUGCCCGUAUUGAAGCUGUUACAGCUGCAAAUGUCCGUGAUGUAUGCUACAAGUACAUCUAUGACCGCUGCCCUGCCGUUGCUGCCGUUGGGCCCACUGAAAACCUGCCAGACUACAGCAGAAUCCGUGCCAGCAUGUACUGGCUCAGAGCGUAAAUGAAUUUGUAAUAGUUUAUUUUAGUAUUGUUAUUUAAAUCAGUAAGAUCGAAAACGCAUUAAACUCUCACGCCCAAAUGUCUGUCGUUUUAUUAAAAUAAAACACUCUGUCUUUGGUGGAAUGUAUUUAUUUAUUAUAGGAGUAUAAGUAAAUACAAUGUGUAAAUAAACUUAUUUGCCUCCUAAUGAGUGA